GGAGAAACAAACCAUGCUCUCCUUAAAUGCAAUUCUUAAUGAUUUUGAUGAAUUACUAUAAAAAUAACACCAUUAAGACAACAGUAUAGAGGAUUGUUAGACACUUGAUCGUUGGGCUCGAUAUACAUAAUCUAGUAAACGAUCUCUCAUUACUAGAAGAUAUUCUUAAAUAGAUGAUAACAAAUAACAAACAGAUAAUAUUAAAAUACAAUCGUAAUUGUUUACACAAGAAGAUCUGAAUGAAGUUAAGGCAAGAAUUAGAUUUGAGUAAAAAACUAAAGAAAUUGAAAAGAAUGCCAAAAUAAAGACUAGUCAUAAAACACUUGAAAUGUAAUUUCAUCUAAAUGAAUUAGAGUCAAUAUCCAAUAAAUAAAGGCUGAAGUUAGAUAAUAAUUAUGCACAAAAAAGAAAAAAGGUUCACCCGUUAGAAUAGUAAAAAACUCAGAGCAAAAAGAGAAUAGAAGUAAUAAAAAUAAAUGUUAAUAAUGUAUACAAUUAUUAUCUAUGGGGUUGCCUACUAAACAUUGCAUUAAUCACUGA